AUGGAAGACUAUGAUCUGGAAGCAGUCGACAAGACUCCUAUAGAUGUCCAGAUUGAGGACACCUCUACCCGUUAUCAUGUCGACGGUCAGAUCGCAGCAUCUGUCCACGUCGAGCACGAGAUCUGGGACGGUAUCAAUUUGAAGACCGUCUUAGCUUUCCUGGCUAUUUGCGGUCAACUGAGCGCCUACGAAUACACCUUGCUCAUUCCCGCAGUAGCGGCACCCUAUAUCAACGCCGAUCUCGGUCCUGACCCUGACUACAUUUGGAUCAAUGUCACUUGGGGUCUCGGUGCUGCCAUCCUCGUCUCCGUUGGUGGUCGUCUAAGUGACAUUUUUGGUCGACGAUACUUCAUGCUCGCUGGGGCGUUGAUCUCGUUCCUGGGUACCAUUGUGGGCGCCACAGGUCAAAGCAUUGGUCAAAUGAUUGCCAGCGGUGUCAUGUUCGGCAUCGGUUCGGGAUUUCAGGAAAUGGGAUUUGCGUGCAUCAUGGAAUUCAUUCCUAACAAAUACCGCCUGACUGCUCUCGGCCUCUAUGGCACCAGCGCCAUCAUGUGUAUCUUCGCACCCCUCAUCACAUACGUCUUCAUCGCCCACACGUCCAUUACCUGGCGAGGCGCAUACUGGUACAUGUGUGCUUUCCAUGGGGUUGCCGGCAUCUUUCUCUUCUGCUUCUACCGCCCACCAUCGUUCGAAACCAAACACAAAACCGAAAGCGUCUCCCGGCUGUCACUGAUGAAGGAGAUGGACUAUGUUGGCCUCUUUCUCCUCGUCGCCGGUUGCACUUUGUUCCUGGUUGGAUUGAAUUUUGGUGGCCGCCGCUUCCCCUGGAAAAGUGCUGAAGUCAUCGCGCCGAUUAUUGUCGGCUUUUUGUGUCUCGUUCUCCUGUUCGUAUGGGAUUUCAAUGCCAACCUUAAGUACCCAUUGUUUCCUCCUCGUUUGUUCAGACAAUGGAGAGGAUACAACGUUCUGGUAUUGGUCGGUUUCUGCUGUGGCAUGCUCUACUACAGCAUGCAGGUCAUCUGGCCUCGCGAAUCCGCUCUCCUCUUCGUUCCUGCAGACAAACCCAUCAUUCGGGGCAUCUACGCAAACCUUACCACACUUGCAACCUGGGUCUCCCUGAUCUCCGUCUGGGUCUUCUGUGCGCGUUUCGGACAUGAAAAAUGGCAAAUCUUUGGCUUCAUUUGCUGCCAGACGGCCUUUGUCGGCGCCCUAUCCACCGUCGGAAUUGAUGACAAGGGCAAGGCAAUUGCCUUGGUAUUUUUGAUGUCCUGUUUCAUCAACCAGCCUCUCUACAUGCUAUUCAGUAUGGUGUCACUCAAUCUAGAAGACCAAGCAGAUAUGGGUGUCGCGGUCGGAGCCCUGUCCACCUUCCGUCUGCUGGGCGGAGCUGUCGCCACAGCCAUCUAUUCGUCCAUUGUCGACAAUCAAUUUAAGGAAAACCUGCCCUCGCAACUAGCAAAGGCGAUUGCAGGCCUGAACUUUGACCAGGCAAAUCUGAAAGCCUUGAUGGUCGCAGCUGCUUCCAACACCGCCGCAGCAUACGCCAAGGUGCCCGGGAUCACUGCUCAGAUCAUCGCGGCGAGCCAACACGCGGUCAAGUUAGCUUACGUCCAGGCGUUCCGUGUCGUGUUUUACACGGCCCUAGGGUUUGCGGUGUUGGCCCUCGUCAGCGCACUGCUUGUCUCUGAUAUCGACCCCGCAAGGAAGAACCUGGACAAGGCAGUGCUGUUGGAGAAUGAGACGGUCAAGGUCGUCGACUCCAAAUUGGAGCCUGUGGGGCAGAAGGAAUGA